UCGUGCUCCCCCUCUUGGGAAUGAUUUAAAUUUUUUCACUAUGGAUUUGAACGUCGCGACAUGAUAAUAAUAUUAUUAUUAUUGUAAGCACACACACGACACUUACACACACACRCAGACACACACUUACACAAUCUCGGCUGGCUAUCACGUCCGGUUGAUCGUCCAGCGAUGCCCGUCGAUUUGAAAUUCGCGAUCGUCGACGGCAACAAAUCGUCCGCGACGGCGGAAGAGAACCGUCGAUGAUCGAUAGGCGUACGAGCAGCAGCAGUUGUACGGAUCUCGUGGUAAGUCUCGGCGACACGGAGUAGUGAUAACCGCUCYCGGCCAUAUCCUCUUAUUGCGUUCUUUCGUCAUCGUCGUCGGUUCCACAAUGUCGCGCGCGCGUGACUCACACACGUCAUUCUGUCAUUGAUGGUGGGCCCCGUCGUGUCGCCAACACAUUGCACACACGGCCCGACCGUGCCACACCGCACCCUCGUUCCGUCGGUCCAACGACGAAUGGUGGUCCGACCGUCGUAGUGGUCCCGUACGACUGACCUGACACUGCCUGUUUUUUGUCUGUUUUUCCGACACGGGUGCAGACCAAUAUGCCGUUCGCACCACCUCCUCCGCCGCCGCCACCGACUUCAACUCUGUCGGGCCCACCUCCACCGCCACCGCCAACGUUUGGCGCCGGCCCGGGCAAGAAAGGUGGCAACCCAUUGCAGGCCAGGGACCAGCUGCUGCAGUCCAUCAGGCUCGGCAAGCCUCUGAAAAAGACUGUGACCAACGACAAGAGCAGUCCGCUCAUCAACAAUUCACCAAAAACACCUGUAAAAUGUAAUGGUACUGUAAAAAACGGAGAAAUGAGUUCUAUAGCUGCACGAACACCUAAUGGCCUAGCAGAGUUGUUUGCAGGAGGCAUGCCUAAACUUAAGCCAACUGGAUUAGCAACAGGUAUGAUAAUACUCUGAUAAAAUCAGAAAAUU